AUGCCACGCCCACUCCUCACAGGCUGCUCACAUUCCCGAUGCCUGAAUGAGGAGGAAGAGGAAAUCCAACCCUGUUUCCAUCACCAGAAUACUCCACCUCCUCCUGAUCACCUCAAGAAUCGCAUCAACUCUGGAGACAAUCAGCUGAAGGAUUUAGGUGACCCAGCCACAUUUUCCUCGAAAGGGAUGCCUAAAAAUAAGAGCCACUCUACAGGAAGACAACACGAACCAAAAAGCAGAACUUACAGGAAAAAAAUGGCUAGGCAAACACUGGGCCUUGAAAAAGCAACACUAUCUCCAGAACAACUGGGCUUGGGCUUGGAAUUUCAAAGGCCAUUAUAUCAGGAAGCAGUAAUUGUUGAAAAUCUAUCAGAGGAUGACGACGACUGGAGAGAACGAUACCCACUGCCUGCCUAUGACAAAGUUCAUCUAUCCAGGAUGCCCAAUGUGGCCCCAUGCAACCCUUACAGUUACAACUCACCUAGUCCUGAAAGCGUUGAGGCUUUCUCUACAUGGCCAUUCAGUGGUAAUGACCAACAUAACGGCUGUCCCACUCACACCAAGGUGGAAUGUUAUGCUCCCUGUGAAGAACCUAUCGAAAAUGUGGCUUAUACCUCCUCACACUUGAGUUACGAUGAGCUUAAGGAAGAAAAUUCCUUGCUCAGGAGAAAAAUUAAAAGGAUUCAGAACUUUUCAGAAAGUCAGGCGCAGAUGGUAAGAAACCUUGAGAGGAAACUGCAGACAACCAACAAAGAAGAGAAAGAAACUCAGGAUCUGGAAGCUUUGAUGGAAAAGGCAGAACACAGUCUCCAGUUCAUGACUCAAAGAGCUUUGAGGGCAGAGAGUGACCUGGAAAAGGCAAAACAAGAGAUGUGCUUCCUCCAGGCUGAGCUAGCAUGCUACAAGAUGGAGAAUGAAAGUUUGAGAUCUGGCCAGUCCGGCAACAUGGGAGCAGUCAAACACCACAUAGAUGUGGCUUUGCAGAACCUCCUGAGGGUCACCAACCAUGCACAUGCUACCAUCCAUCAGCUGGUCUUUGGGACUGAAACACUGACACUUGUUGCUGACCUCCUUAAAUCUGUAGGCAGAAUGUCUGAAAUUGAAACGGAAAACGAAACACAGAAACAAACAUAG